AUGGGUUUCCACAAAUCAUCCAUGGACAUCGAGCUCAAGAACGGGCAUGUCCUCACCGCAUACUGCCGUCGUCCUUCGGGAGAAGCCUCAUAUUCUGAGCUGAAUCUCGAUGAUUUCUUGGGUGCAAAGAGAGGUAAAUUUGCCUGGAGCGCUGAGGGCUUCUCUGACCAUGCGUCUGGUGUCAAGCUCAAACUCGAGGGUCCAACCCAUGAGCCCAUGCUUCAUGCCGCGCUGGAUGACGAUGAAGGUGGUAAGCACAUGGACGUUGUGAACCUGGCGGACUGUAUCAAGAAUGAGAAUGGACGACUCCGUUAUAUGGAUUGUUUCUAG